AUGGAGUCUGACCAUGAUAUCGGCGGGGCUAAUACAGCGACACCGCGGCCAAUGGAGACCGAGGCAGAAAUGGCCGAAGAACAAACUGUUGAAGCGGGUGGUUAUAUGGUAGGCGAGCGGCCGGCGUUUUUGAAACACGAUACCAUAUUGGCGGUGGUCAAUAAUCAAAAGUGCACAAUAUAUGAUUGCAAACAAGGAAAGAAGAUCGCAGAUUGUGUAGAACAUGUUGAUAUGAUCGUCUCGUGUGAGUCCUUUGCCUAUAGUGAUAACAUUGAUAUACUGGUAACGGCGUCUAGCGAUGGGAUUUUAAAAUUAUUUGCUGUGAUAUCAUAUCAAGAUGCUGAUGAUGAGCGGGGACUAAUCGCUACAUUCCGCAUAUCGGAUGGAGGUCUACUGAGCGUCCUGCCAUCUAAAUCGAACGGCGAUCUCAUAUGUGUAUAUUCAGUGGGUGAAAAUAACGAAUUGGCAUGGCUCACGGUGGAUUAUGAUGCCUUAUUUAAUCCCGAAUUGAAAUUUCCCGUCAAUGAGCCAAUACCAAUAUAUCUACAUGAGCAAAAUGACGGUGUUGAAGAAGUUGAUAAGCCAUUGGCUACCACAGAUGAUACUAUAAAUUUGUCAAAGAAAUUUGUCAAAAGCGCUCAAAUUAUAUGCUCAUUACCAUCGAGAAUAGAUGUUUUUGCUGCCGAUGCUGAUCUCGCCUGUAUAUCAUUCGCAGUAGGAAAGACUGCGAUGGUGUUGAAUAUGAAGUUGCGAAAAAUACUAUUCUUCGAAUGUCUUGCCAGUGUCAGUUGUAUGACCUUCUAUGGAGAGAACAAUUUCGCGGUGGGAGAUUCGAAAGGGCGUAUCACUUUAUAUAAUAUAGACUUGACAAAGGAUAUACAACCUAAUGAUAAUGCUGUAAUGGCAUGUGAUUUACCAGAUGAUAUAUUCGAACUCAGGCCAGCACAGUUCAAAAAGGUACUAUUGAAGUACCACUCAUCGGUAGUUACAAAGGAGCGAUCUGAUGAAGGAGUAUUUCGCAAUUUUCGUAAGGUAUCUGCUUCUGUUAACGCUCUUAUAUGGCACGCCCACGGUGUAAACUGUCUAACGUUUAAUCCGGAUGGUACAAUGCUACUAUCUGGUGGAGAAGAGGGCGUGUUGGUGGUUUGGCAUCUGAAUACUGGCGCGAAGAAAUUUUUGACACGUAUAGGAUCCGCGAUAUUCCAUGUAUUAUGCCAGAAAGCACAUGGAUCGUAUAUACUAUGUUGCGAAGCCAACGAGAUAUUAUUUGUCGACCCUUUUGCACUAUGUAUUCGACAUCGAAUAACAGGGAUCACAGUCCAUAUCAGCAUAGGUAUGAAGGUGGAUAAAGAUGUCAACCAUAUAAAGCCGACAAACGAUGUUAACACUGAGUACCUAGGAUGCAAUGUUAAUGAUGUCAGCAGGGCCAAUCUGGCACUCAUAGGUGGAUACACGCCAACUGUACCACUAAUAGAAUAUUGGCCGACGAGUAUAUCCGACUCUUUCUCUUCAGAACACCAUGACACUGUGGUUGGCGGCAAUGUGGCACUGUACUCUCGUUCAAGCAAGUUACAAAUGUAUAACUACCUACACGACCGUGAAGUAGGAUCCAUAAUGCUCAAGAACGUGAAUAUAUUAAGUCGUCAGGACGAUGAUUUUGGUGAAGAUUGGGAACUCGAGGCGUUACAGAUUAGUACUGAUGGCAGGGUUGUGGUUACAGUGCAAUCAAGGAACGUUUUGACAUCUCCUUCCGAUGAUGAAGAUUUAGGUUUAUUACCAGAAUUUGAACAUGAUUCAAAGAGAAACAAUCGCAAGGGUUUGUUAAAAUUUUGGGUCCAAAAACGUGACGAUGGAACUGGUGAUUAUGAAGAGCAAACGAAGAUAUCAAACCCUCAUAACCAUAGAACAACAUCAAUUCGGCAAUUGAACAACAAUUAUGCAUUUGUUACAACGUCUAUCGAUUCCGAGUUCAAAAUAUGGCAUGUUGUGAGGAAACGAAUGAUCAAAAGUGAUGAUGUAUUCACUGCUUGUCGCACGGUUGAUAUCGGGGAGCUUGACCGUGACAUAGAUAUGAAUGACACCGAGAGUUUUAUAUGGGUCUGCGUCACCGUAGGUUCUUACAAGAAUAUGCCAUGUUUCGCAAGCACGCUGACAUUAUCAGGUGGCCUCCUGGCAAUAUCACAUGACGCUGUGGUAACAUUUUGGAAAACUGGUAAUAACUAUAGUUCUGUGGAAUUGGCAGGAGCGAUGCCGUUUGUCGACUGUGCUGAUGCGAAAAUUGAAGAGGACCACGUAACUAUGUUGAGUGGCCAUCACAUGCUGGAAUUUUUAUAUCAUGACCAGCCGAAGCUUAUGGUAUACUCGAAAAAAUCAAGAUUAUGCAUAAUCGAUAUUGGCACAGGGACAACUGUUUGGGACUAUCCAUUGGCGGAUGGUCAGGUCAUUGACCGGGCGAUAUAUAGCCCGCAACUACCUAACAUUUUGGUAGUCGCUACAAGCACGAUAGACCUAGGCACAAAUGGUUGUUCUGGUACCCUUGAGAUGUUUUGGCUGGAUCGCGUGGAUGGUGCCAUCUCUGUGGACCGCUUUUACGAAGACCAUCGUGGUAUCUCGAGGCUGGUUGUGAACAUGUGUCUCACCCCCGCACCACUGUUGCGUGAGAGUGCUAUUGUUAAAUCGGAAAAGAUCGAGGUGGCGUCUCCGGCUUUCAAACGUAAUACUCGUUUAUCAACCCUUGUUCUACUCACUACAAAUUUCAACCUUGAAACAUUGAUUAUACAAUCGGACCCUUUCGGCCGUGAUCGUCCGAUGGUUAAUUCCAAGAGGAAACCUGCGGCGUUGCCGACAAGGCUAAAGAAGACUGCUCGGGUUAAACCUGCAGUUACCUAUGAUCCAAUUGGCACCUUUUUCGAAUCGCUAAUGUCAUCGGAUGUGAAGCGUCGGAAGCGUGUGCGUCACAAUUUGGCGGAGAAUUUAUGCAAGUCAAACGAAUGGCAACACCGCCUGAAACAUCCCAUGCCAACGAGCUUAUUAGGAGCUAUUGUUGAUGCCGGAUGUCCUACAUGCGCACUACCAUCGCCAAAUGUGUUAUUCAACCGAUUGGUACAGAUUGUGACUUGUCGUCAUGUAACUCAGGGUUAA